CCCGAUGCUCACGUACCGCGUAGAUGCUGACAAGGGGUUCAACUUCUCAGUGGGUGAUGACGCCUUUGUGUGCCAGAAGAAGAAUCACUUCCAGGUCACCGUCUACAUCGGCAUGCUUGGAGAUCCCAAGUAUGUGAAGACCCCCGAGGGCCUGAAACCCUUAGAGUGCUUCUACCUGAAGCUGCACGGAGUGAAGCUAGAGGCCUUGAACCAGUCGAUCAAUAUAGAGCAGUCGCAGUCUGACCGCAGCAAACGGCCCUUCAACCCUGUCACGGUCAACCUGCCUCCAGAGCAGGUCACCAAGGUCACCGUGGGGCGGCUGCACUUCAGCGAGACCACAGCCAACAACAUGCGGAAGAAAGGCAAACCCAACCCAGACCAGAGGUAUUUCAUGCUCGUGGUAGCCUUGCAGGCACACGCGCAGAACCAGAACUAUACGCUGGCAGCCCACAUCUCUGAGCGCAUCAUCGUCAGAGCCUCCAACCCUGGCCAGUUUGAGAGCGACAGCGAUGUGCUCUGGCAGCGGGCACAGCUCCCUGAUACUGUUUUUCACCACGGCCGGGUUGGCAUCAACACAGACCGCCCCGAUGAAGCCCUCGUGGUCCAUGGAAAUGUAAAGGUCAUGGGUUCGCUGAUGCACCCUUCAGACGUCCGAGUGAAGGAGGACAUCCAGGAGGUGGACACCACAGAGCAGCUGAAGAGGAUCUCCCGUAUGCGGCUAGUACACUACAACUACAAGCCUGAGUUUGCGGCCACGGUGGGCAUUGACAACACCUCUGAGACAGGCGUCAUUGCUCAGGAGGUAAAGGAGAUCCUCCCUGAAGCUGUGAAGGACACCGGGGACCUGGUCUUUUCCAAUGGGAAGACCCUUGAGAACUUCCUGGUGGUGAACAAGGAGCGCAUCUUCAUGGAGAACGUGGGAGCCGUGAAGGAGCUGUGCAAACUGACAGACAACCUGGAGACCCGCAUCGAUGAGCUGGAGAGGUGGAGUCACAAGCUGGCCAAGCUCAAGCGGCUGGACAGCAUGAAGUCAACCGUGAGCUCUGGGGCAUUCAGCCAAACAGGAAGCCAGUUCAGCCGUGCGGGAAGCGUGCCCCACAAAAAGAGGCCCCACAAAAUAGCCAGCAAGUCACCAUCAGUUGUCCCGGAACAGGCCUGCAUCAGCCAGCGUUUCCUGCAAGGCACCAUCAUUGCCCUGGUCAUCAUCAUGGCAUUCAGUGUGGUGUCCAUGUCCACGCUCUACGUGCUGAGCUUGCGCAGUGAAGAGGACAUUGUGGAUAUGGAUGGGUCAAGCCAGAACUUUGAUAAAACACAGAUGGUGCGAUCCACAGCUGCAUCGGACAGAGCCAGCAGCAGGACCCCCACGCACCAUGUCACAGGGGACACGCUUGACUUCGGCUUACCUGGUCACAGCGUGCUAGCCUGCUUCAGCCCGCCGUGUUUCUCCACAUGCUGCUCUGCUGCUCCCACCAAUGUCUCCUCUGUUGCCCUCUCUGAGACCAGCCCCACUCAUGCCACUAACCGGACAGACCAAAGUCAGACCUCACUCCUGCCAGUGACAAAUAUCAAAGCCAAAUCCAGGGGCAUCACUGGGAAAGCGACCUCCUACACCAAGUGGCCAAAGACGCCUGACAGGUCUCAGAGCUUCGGCAGCCCCAAUGCCAGCCCCUCCUCCCCCUUCACCCACAUCCAGGGCAAAUCCAAGUACAUCUCCAACCUCUCGCUCUCCCGCAGCAACUCCCCGCUGGGGCAGGCCCGGCAGCCGCAGCCGGUGAGCGAGUGGCCCCGCACAGAGGAUCCUGGCACGGAUGGGCCAAGCCCAGUGCUGCACUCCGUCCGGAUCGUGGAGAUCAAUAUGGCCAUCCAGUCCCAGUACUGCGCAGCCGCCGACGCGUGCAGGACUGGAAACUUCACCUACCGCAUCCCUGUCAGCCAGCUCACAGCAGUGAACACCAACCUGACCCUGGAGAUGAACUCCUCCUCCGCUGUGUCCGUCUCCCUUUGUGGCCUUGUCUCCAGUGACCCCUGCCAGGAUGCUGCGAGCACAAACAGCUCCACCGAUGCCACAGACGCACAGGAAACAACGCACCGUUGGCCUCUUGUGAUGAUAUCUUUCCGGGAGUUUACCUACCACUUCAGAGUAGCACAGCCUGGCCGAGCCAACUGCAGCACUGCCCCCGAGCAGAUGGGACACCUUUUCACUGACUAUUAUUUUCAGUUUUACUGGCUCUGUGAGUGAGUCCUGGCAGCACCAGUGCCCUCUGGUUGGAGAGAGGAGGGGGACUGGUGACACUGGGGAGACUCCUGUACACCCUCCUCCACUAGCCCCCAGCCCCACCUUACCCCCGUCUCCUGCGUGGGGCGGGCGUGGAGCUGGUGUGGUUGUGGCUGGUGAUGCAGGCACUGAAGCACAGCACACGCAGAACAUAGGACCUAAGCCACAGAAACACAACCAGCCCUGUGGUAUCUCCUGGGCUCACCUCGCACCGACUCCCACCAUCCCACGCCGCCCCAAACAUCUCUCUCCUUCCCUUAUGG